AAAUAUCGUUACUGAGAUAAAAUCAUUAUAUGGUUGAAGAAUUAGGUAGUGAUCGCAUUAACUUCCUUCAUUAUGAAAUUUCAGGUGUGGAAGUUGCCCGUUCUCUGCCUCCUGUUCUGUUACUGGAGCUCGACAUCAACAGUGACCGGAUUUACGAAUGAACAAUUAAAAAGGGUAACGGAUUAUGUCAGCCAGACAUACGGGAUUACAAAGCAGUACGCCUACGUGAUUAAAUUUGAUAAGACUGAAUGUGAACAACUGACUGAUCAAAAUAUAAAGGAUGCUCUGAAAAAUGAAGCCAAUGAUGUUAGUAAAAAAGUUCUCAGCAAAGAAAGUGAAAUAUAUGAAGGAUCGCGGAUGGUAAUGGCUUCAUAUAAAGAACUGGGUAACAAUAAAAGAGAGCACUCAGAACAUCGACUUCUAUAUCCAGCUCCUGGGUCAACCGUAUCACCGGUAGAAAAUCUACUGAACAAAGCGCCCCCUGCUGGAUGUGCAAUAUUCUUCACUUUAAACUCACCGUGUCAAGCAUAUUGUACCAAACCCAAUGGGCCAUAUGAAAUCGUAUCAAAACUAGACCAGUUUCAUAAGGUCACUAACAAAGCAUUUGUUUACGACCUGGUAUACAACGAUAAAAUAUGUUUUGCGAAAUGCAUGAAAUCAGUUAAUGAAAAAAUGCCUGUGUAUCGCUGCGACAAAACCUGCUCUGAAUGCUUUACAAAAGGUAAAUUUAAUUUGGUUUGUUUGAAUUAAUCAUAUCAAACAUAUCAAAUUGAAUCUUCACAGGCAGAAAAAAAAUAUUUCUAAAUGAAAGUAGCACUCUAAUCACCAAAACCAGUUAGUGCAGCUCUUUGUAGUGGUAAUGGUAAUCUGAGUUUAUAGGUGCCCUCCCUCUGGUUUUUGUUAUUUGUUAAACCAGUUUAGAGCUCUCUCUGACCCCCAGACUCCUCUCUGAUAAUUCACUGAUAAUACAGAAAUUACGCUGGCACUGCCACAGACAGCACUUGUAUUAGUGAAGCCACUUUAAGACAGUUUGACUAAACCUGGGGGUAAUGCCCAUAGUCUCCUAGCAGUAAAACCAUUACAAGAUGAUGAAGUGGUUAUGGUGCUUAGAGUGUCCCUUUAAUAAUCACACAUAAUCAGCAUUAUUUACCAAUAAAAUUCAACAUAUACAUUUGUUUCAUUAUAUAUCUGUCUCCUACAUAAUAAAUAUAACAUGACGGCC